UGCAUCCAUUCAGUCAAAGUGCUGAAACCAACUCCAACGUACUGCAGAGUGUCAGCAAAGUCAAACAACGAAAAAGCAAGGUUCAUUGACACUUUGAAAUCCUCAGAGUAUCAAAUGAAAAUAUCAGCAUGAAGUGCUCACGGGUUCUCUUUGAUUUCGUUUGGUGGUUGGCUGUUGUUGGUAGUGCAAGUGGUAGUGGUUUAUAUGGUCGCGUUCAAAAUUUAAGCUUCGUGCCUGACGCUGCUACAAAGCCUCAAGAUAAGCACGAUAUACCGGCCUCUGCGCUAUUUCAAUUUUUACUCGACGAAGAAAUUAUGGAGCAACUCGAUGAAGCUGGAGCUGAAAUACCUGAAAUGCUGGACGUUUUAAAAGACCUCGACAAAGAAUCGGAAAUCACGGAAUUUGAAAUCUACCAAAUCAACAGGACGGGCAAAGUUGCAGACUUGAAAAAAGUAGCAUUUCACACUUUUGUCGUCUUCAAAACGACAAGUGAAACAGAGGGAGACGAUUGGUGGUCAUUGGAAAAGAAUCACCUGGAUGCUGGCCUCGUCUUGCAGAGAUCCGGCAACAAAGACGACGUCAAAAACAAGUUGUAUGGCGUCGAGCGAAUCAAUGUUGAGCCCAUUCAAAAAGGACUGAAAGGAAAAGGUACCGUUCAAGAUCUUUUUGUGUUACUUUGGUCCCAUCAAGUCAUAGGGAAAAACUCGGAUUUCGACGACUCUUACUGCCAGACCUUUGUCACUUUGCUCAGCCAACAAAUGACUGAAAUAGGAUACGAAUACCAGGGUGAUUUCGAGUGCUCCUCUCCCCUUGAAAAUGAACGAAAAACCAGAUUAUUGACUGUAAUCAACUACCUGUCAGAUGUGACUGUGUGGCGGUAUUUAGAUGUUUUCAUUUAUUUAGAAAAUGCAGAUCUUGUUGAUCAAGUCCUGGAUGAAGUGAAGAUGAAGUGUGGCGAGUUUGACAUCGAUGACCUCCGUAGGGAAAUUACUUCUGCCCUCCAUGUUGCGAUUAUGUUUUCGAAAACAAAGAUGGUUGGACAUCUUUUGAAACCUCCGCAUAGUGCCGAUCCCACAAGAAGCGACAAAGACGGGAUGGACGCCCUUCGAAUGGCGGCCACGUUCGCAAAGGACCCGGAGAUCUUCGAUUGGCUCCUAGCCCAUGACAAUAUCGAAAUUGACCGUGUCGACGGAGAAGGACAAACUGCGCUUCACGCUGCCGCUCUCGCCUCCAACGUCGUUGCAGUCAAACGCUUGAUAAACAAAGGAGCCCAUCCCAACAUGUUCGACCAAGAUGGUCUGUCUCCUCUUCAUUUGGCAGCCCACCAAAGAGACGGUAAUCCUAUCAUUGAUCUACUGCUGGAAGCUCAAAGAGUCAAAGGGAUGGGCGACGUCAACGAUCAAGAUGAACGUGGAUGGACUACACUUCAUUACGCCGCCUUGGCAUCCAAUGAAAUCACGGCCGAGCAUUUGAUUCAAAAGGGCGCAGAUCUCAAUCGUCGAGCCAAUGAUGGGAAUACUCCACUUCACUUUGCUGCAACCUUCGCAAAGAACAUGAAAAUCAUCGACGUCUUACUAAAGAAUGUGAAAAAUGAAGACAUAAACACAAACGAUGCAGCAACAAUUCUUGCUAGCGCCAAGAGGAACAUGCACGGGCUAGGCGAUCAAAUUGUUGCUCGUUUGAAGGCCAAAGGCAUUGUCGGCAUUGAUGAAUCCAAAAAACCCGAAAUGGACGUAGAAAUGAUUCGUAUACUAAUCAAAAGUGAACGCAAUAUUGGCACUAAAACAUUUGGGGAAAACGGAAUGAAUCUACUCCAUGUGGUAUCAUUUGAUGCAAAGACGACGGAUGUCAUCGACGCCGUUCUGGAAACGGGAGAAUUCGAUAUCAACGGAGUUGACAACGAUGGAAACACACCUCUCCAAUAUGCAAUGCAGGGGAAAAAUCCUACGAUCAUAGUGGCUCAUCUAUUACAAAAGGGAGCCGAUCCCAACGUUGCUGACAAGUAUGGAUUGAUGCCACUAACUAUGGCGGUCUUUUCCGCCAAAGACGUGCACAUGGUCGAGUUACUCCUCAAUCAUCCAGACGUCGAUGUCAAUUACUUGAACGACUGGGGACAAAAUGCGCUAUAUUACGCAGAGGGCAACAAACACGGGCACGGCGAAAGAAUUGCCAAUCUGUUGAAAGCGAAAGGCGCCGUAGAAAGAGAAAACAAACCGGAUGCGAGGGCACGGGGUCUAGAUCGUGUCAUAAAAGAUUCGAAUGUACGAAUGAUUCGUGAGCUAAUCAAUAAAGGAUUAAAGAUUAGCGCUGAGAAAUGGGGGGAAAGCAAAAUGAAUGCACUUCAUGUGGCCUCAUUUCAUGCAAAGACGACAGAUCUCAUCGACGUCAUUCUGGAAACGGGAGAAUUCGACAUCAACGGAGGUGACAACGAUGGAAACACACCUCUCCAUCACGCACUACUGGGACUCUAUCCUAAGAGAAACGUUGCUCAUUUAAUUCAACUGGGAGCCGAUCCCAACGUUGCCGACAAGAACGGAGUCACCCCUCUCAACAUGGCAACGAAAAAUGCUGAAUCAAUGCACUUGAUUGAGCUACUCCUGCUGAAUAGGGAACCGGUGGGCGUUGGUUACUGCGACAAGCAAGAAUAUUAUUUCUAUCCAACCAAUGUAUGUCGUGUUCACUCUUAAUUAUUCUACUCCAUCUGUCCCUAUCCAAAAAAAGACGAAUGAGGUGAUUGCCCGUCUGAGAAUGUACGUGGCAGAGGAAAAAUCACAAACUGCUGUCUACCUAUUUCCUUAUUUCUAGUAGUAUGUCCUAACAAGAUAUUGUAUAAGUAAUAAAGCAUUUUAACCUACGGUGACAAUUACACGGCUUGGGUAUCUAAAUAAAAGUUUC